AUGCAGAGAGCACAAAUCUCAACCGUCGUGAAGGGCCACAAGGUACAAAGGUGCAUAUUAUCACAGUGCUGCCACCUUGUUAGUGGAGGAAUCACCUACACUGUGGUUCUGGCUUUCAUUGCUGUUCUCUCAUUUCUCAAUGUAUUUCAGGCGUCGGCUUAUGGAAAGUCAAAGAAAAAACGGAACCUGUCGGGGAAAGCGUCGACGCCACCUGAGGCUCUGUCCGCAAUACCGCCCUCGUCGUCUGCCACUGAGAAUGCCAAACAACUUGCUACCGAGACAGCGUCAAGGCAACCGCCAGUCGACCAAGAACCUGUGGGUAAUUCCGCGAUUAGCUCUGCGCUAGUUUAUGAGACUCAAAUCUCUGGGCUGCUUAAGGCCGUCCACACAACUCAGCAGCAGCUGUCCGAAUUAGGCCUUGCCGAUGCAAAUCCGGCGCCGCAGACCACCUUGGAGAACAGUGAUAUCCUGAAGCGGUUCUUGGCUCUGGUAUCCCGCACGCAGGUCUGCGAGGACUUUCUACAAAGGAACUUUGACGAGGGAGGAGCACAGAAAGAACGGCGCAUCCUCUGGAUCCUCAGCAGGCCGGGUGCCGGAAAGACUAUGUUACUGCGGGCCAUCGUUCAAAGUUACCAACGUACCAAUAAUAAAUCGAUGUUUGGCUUCUGUGGACAUCAUGUCGCCUUUUCUUUCCGUGAAAGUGGCAGGCGGCGGCGGUACUGGGACGACUACGCGUUGUAUGCGGUCAAAGACUUGAUCUACAACUUGGUUCUCAGCCAGCCCGAUCUUUGUGACCAUCUCAAAAAACUGUGUACAAUUAGAUAUGCGGGCCACAAGGACAACAGGCGUAUCGACUUUGACGCACCAGGCGACUUUACGGCCAUGUCAAUGCUUCUGUGUCGCAUGGUGCAAAGUGAGCAGUUCCAGCCAACGUACUUUGUCCUCGAUGGGAUUGACGAAGGGAUCGAACCAGAGAAGCAAGGAGCAUAUUCUCAGGAUGAAGAAAGCGACUUUGUGCGGCUCUUGGGCCUCGUGGCCACAACGGUUGAGCUGUCAAGCAAGGUGAAAUGGAUCUUGUCCGCCGAUCAUGCACGCUGGGAUGCUUGCAAGCGCGAGAUGCUUGAAAUGUACGAUUCCAAGUUGCAGUAUCAGCUGCUGGACCUCGACACAGAACUGGACGCUAAAAAGACCCCCAACAUUGUCAACAUUGUCCGCGACUAUGCGGCCGAUAGAUUGGUCAACAUCAGCAGCAGCUGUGAGUUGGGGGGAUACUACAACAAUAGCUUCGUCCGUAAGAGCUUAAUGGACAUGCUUGAGCAGGCGGCGCUCAACAACUUCUUGUGGACGAAGCUGGCACUCUUGAGCAUUGUGCAGGCAUCAACAUUGCCAUGGAACGCGGCCACGAUGCUCGGCCAGCUCGCCAUGCGGAAUAAGACGGUUGCGGGAUUUUAUGAUGCAGAACUACUGCUUUCCUUGAAUGGUGUCUUGUCGCUAAGAGGAUCCUCUCCUAUUACACAGAACGACGUGACGUACUGUAAGACUGUGCUGGAGACUGCGACUGCGGCAUACCAGCCGUUGACGGUGCGGGAACUUGUUGCUUUGAGCGGACUGCCUCCUGCAGUCGAGUUGCCAGUGUUGGUCAAGACGCUGCUGCCGUCCUUUCUGGAAAUCUCGGACGACGGCAUAGUGCACUUUACUCACCUAUCGGCCCGAGAUUACGUUAGACAGAAUCUACACCGUCUGUCCAGGGUUGGGGAGCCGUCAAUCCAUACCAAGAUUGCUCAUUGGUGUCUCACUAUCCUCCUCAGGAAGCUCAGGCGUAGCCCUGAUGUGUUGGGCAACCGUAACCAAUCCAACUCUUCUCAUUACAACAUUGGCAGGAUCGACUAUAUUGUUCUCAUGUGGAUCAGACACUUGUCAGAGCCGUGCAGCAAAGACAACCGAAGUGUCGUUAAAAUGGCCGUUCAGCUGCUAACCGCGCACUUGGAGGAGUGGCUGUCUCUAUUAGGCUCGAGUAGUAGUACUUUCCUGAGAUGUCUGUCUAUGAUGCGUCAACUUCACGCCACGAUUACUUCUAGGGAUGACAUGCGGCUGCCUCCCCAACGUGGCCAUCAAAAUGUCCCUGCACGUAGCAGCACGCCAGCCCAAAUCAUUCGAGAAGUCAUUAUAGUCCUGCAGAGAUGCCAGCUCAGGUUAAGGUCUUCAGAAGAAGCUUCCAAAGAAGUCACCUUGGACGAACUCGACAAUUCGCUGCUCUUCGCUGCUGACUUGCCCAACCUGAGAAGCCGCUUGAUGCCGGUGCGAUUCCCAUGGAUCGAAACGCCUCCGAGGAUCCAACAGACGGACGCCUCGGCCAGCUGUUUGCAUACCAUUGAUCAUGGCGUCUGGUCCCGGCGCUGCUGUUUCUCGCCUGAUGGCAGGCUGGUAGCUUCGGCCUCGUGCGACGGAAUUGUGCGCCUAUGGGAUGCGCGGACAGGAAACUUGCAACUGUGGUUUGAUGAUUUCGAGGGCUCCGGCCCGCGCCACUUCAUUCGCGGCGUGGCCAUGUCAUCACCACGUCUUGAGCUCGGCAGCCGGAAACAAAAACUGCCCACUCUCCUGGUGGCCUUUACCGAUCACUCAAUAAAGGCGUGGGAUGUGUCUUCGGGGAAACUCGUCAUCACUAUUGAGGGCCUUACAGAGUUUUUGGAGCACAUUGCGCUGUCCCCAAAUGCAGACAAGCUGGCUGCAGCCACAUCAAGCGGUCUUAUCGUCUGGGAGGAUCUGUUGCUAAAUCCCGUUACAAGACACGGAGGGGUUCUUUACAGCGAAUCGUACACAAAAUACGUUGCGUUUUCGCCCGACGGAAAGCUCAUCGCGUCAACCGAAGGCGCAUCCAUCCGGAUCUGGCGUACCGCGACAAGCAAAGAGGACAGCUACACACUUCCAAUGCGAAGCCCGAGCUCGAAAGAUUUCCUACAAGAACAUAAGAAUAAGUCAAACCCAAAAGGCCAAGAGGAAGAGCCAGGACAACCAACGAAACCCCCAGCAAACGCAGUCGUAAAGUCGGAUAAAUCACAAGAUAUAUCAGCUGAAAAUGCAGAGAGUAGUCUGCGAAAGGACGAACAAGAGCUGGACGCAAUAGAAGUGCGUCAAGAAGAGCUCUCCAAAGAAUCAGUCGAAAAUUCAAUAAGCAAUCAAGACGAAAAAUCGGUACAAGAAGGGCAUACAUGCAACAUAUCUUCCCUCGCCUUUUCCCCAGACUCAAGAUUUCUGGUCUCAGGUUCGAUCGACAGGACAGCUCGCGUCUGGGACAUGCGGACACGCAAGACGGUGGCCGUCCUGGCGCACCACAGGCGCUCCGUCACCAGCGUGACGUUCUCGCCUGACGGGUCCUGUAUCGCCACAGGUUCAGACGACACCAAAAUUGCCAUCUGGAGACACAAGUCUCCGGGUAAUUGGGGGAACUCCGGAGAGGGUGACGACAGUGAAACAGAUCCUCAGAGCGAGCCCGAAACGCGGAUUUGGCCGGACCGCAUUCUCCACGGGCACACUCGAGCAGUUCUGGCAGUUGCGUCUGCACCGCAUUUAGAUUCGAGAACCAACUCCUCGGCCUCUUGGUUGCUAGCAUCGUCGUCCGAGGACUACAAACUCUGCAUCUGGGACAUUGACGCUAGCACCCACCACACCGUCGAGGGUAUCGACCCAGCCAUCCUAGCAGCCAACGCACAUGCAGAUACUUCCUCCGCCAUGGGCAGUGUACUGCUCCAGGGCCAUUUAUCAGGCGUCUGCUGCGUGGCCAUUUCACCGGAUGACGAAGUGGUCGCAACAGCCUCCUACGACGGCAUGAUCUGCUUGUGGGAAACGACGACAGGCGCACAACUGGGCUGUAGCGCCAAGACCAAUGGCCACUCAGCAGAAGUCCUGGUCAUGACGUUCUCGCCCAACGGCAAGCUGCUGGUGACAGCUGCGACCGACCGCGCCGCCUUCGUUUGGGAUGUUUCGAGCAUCUCAGUCCGGAACGCAGCAUGGGGGCCACUAGUGCCGAGAUAUCGUUUCGAACACGACGGCCGGCCGCGGGACGCCGUUUUUGACCGGUAUGGCCGGCUGGUGGCGACGGCGUGCGAGGACGGCAAGGUGCGUGUCUUUUGCGUCUCCAAGGCCAAAUCGGCAGUGGUGAGAGGCAGCAGUAGCAGCACUGAGACUAUCCGUCCACAAAACACAUUCGAUGCCAAGGUCACGAAGCUGAAUGUCUUCUGCGUGGCAUUUUCACCCGACGGAAAAUUUUUGGCGGCAGGGGGCGACGACAGGCGCCUGCGGAUCUGGCGGCGUGACGGCGACGGUGGCACAAAAAGUCCAGAAUACACGGGUGAAAGGGCAGACGCAACAAUAACCGGUGCAGUCUAUUCGGAUGACGGCAACAAGGUGAUCACGGUCAGUGAAAACGGUUCAAUCGCUGUCUGGGCCUUGGAGAAUGACAGGUCGGCGCGUCUACGGCUCAAGAUUGUCCGGCUGUUUGCCUCAUCGGAUGGGUACGACGUAUCAUUCCGGAGGAUUCGAUUUGAUACAGAAAACUAUCCAGGCAUAGCGUUCACGGAGCAUGGGCCGAUAUGUGUGGAUGUGGAUUUCGACAAAAACGCUAUAGAACACGACAGCCAUGUCGAUGAGAAGGAGGAGGAGGACAACGAGACGGCGGACAGGGGCGGAUGGUAUUUGCCGCAGAGUGGCGUGCACAAUGGGUCAGUCAGGUGGAACAACCAUGUUGUCGCCUUGCCGGAGAGCUUGAAAGUGACAGGAGAAGAGUCAGAGGAAGAGUCAGAGGAAGAGUUUACGUGGCUGGUGCAGGGUCGUGUGAUGGUGGUUGGUUGUAUGGGGGGACAGGUCUUGCUGUUUCGAUUUGCAGAAGAUGCCUACCCUCGCCGUAGAUAG